GCGGACUCACCCGGAAGGAGAAGCCGGCAUUUGGGCUCUAUGUUGGGGCACUUGUGGUGUCGCUGUGGAGAGCUCGAGCUGCUCUCAGGAGCCCACCCGGAUCAUUUGUUGGCAGUACAUAUUGGCUGAAGUCAGUUUUCAUUUCAAGAUGUUUUCUUCCAAUGGGCUUUUGGUGUAGGAUGUUGGAGAACCAAGAGCAGGAGGAGGUGAUCACAGUGCGUGUUCAGGACCCCCGGGUGCAGAAUGAGGGCUCCUGGAAUUCUUAUGUGGAUUACAAGAUAUUUCUCCAUACAAACAGCAAAGCCUUUACUGCCAAGACUUCCUGUGUGCGGCGCCGCUACCGUGAAUUUGUGUGGUUGAGGAAGCAGCUACAGAGAAAUGCAGGCUUGGUGCCUGUACCUGAACUUCCUGGGAAGUCUGCUUUCUUUGGCAGCUCUGAUGAGUUCAUUGAGAAGCGACGACAGGGUCUACAGCACUUCCUAGAAAAGGUCCUGCAAAGCGUGGUCCUUCUGUCAGACAGCCAGCUGCACCUCUUCCUACAAAGCCAGCUCUCAGUGCCUGAGAUUGAAGCCUGUGUUCAGGGCCAAAGCUCCAUGACUGUGUCUGAUGCCAUUCUUUGCUAUGCUAUGUCAAACUGUGGCUGGGCCCAGGAAGAGAGGCAGAGUACUACUCACCUAGCUAAAGGAGACCAGCUUAACAGUUGCUGCUUUCUUCCACGAUCAGGGAGGAGAGGCUCUCCUUCACCACCUCCCAAUGAGGAGAAGGACCAUUUAGAAGUGUGGGCUCCAGUGAUUGACUCUGAGGGUCCGUCCUUGGAAGGCUCCAUGCUGCCACCUGUGUCCUCACCAUCACGAUGUGAUACUGCAAGACCUGAUGAGGGACCCACUGUGCCCUAGCCUGUGAGGAGGGCUAUAGGAGGGGCCCAUGCUGUGCCUUUGGAUCCUGGUUAACUAGACACAGUGUGGGAAAAGUGAGCUCUGCCCUGAGCUCUGGGUUCUCCUUUGAGGCAGUUGAGAGGAUGCAGGUGUAUGGAAGGUUGGGCUGCUUUUUUUCUCUACUCAGGUUUGCUGCCAAGAGGUUGGUUGUGCCUACACACCACAUCUCCUCCAUGGGAAGAAACACCACACUGGUGUUUGUAAGUUAAGCAUAAGGCCCAGAGGCUGUUGGUUUUAAAUAGAACCUGUCUUUACUUUCCCAGGAACUGAGUUUCUUCAGGUGUUUGUUUAGACUCUGGUGACUGGUUUAGGGGACCUUUAUGUGCAGAUUCUUAGCUGCUGUAUCAAAUACUGUCCCAACAAAAUGCUUAUGUGGUUGCAUUGCCAUCUUGGCGGACUUCGGCUUUAGCUGCAGCCCCUGGAGCACUAUGGUUGUGGAAGGCUGGCCUCUUGCCUGCCUCCUUGUAAGGACAGGGUGAUGAAUUCCCUACCUCCUUGCUUCUCGGUGAACACUGGUGCUGUGAAUCCUUUUGCUGGGGUUUCCAGCAUCUGCCAACCUCAGCCCAGUUGAGUGGGGCCUGAGAGUUGCAUGCAAUUCAAGCCCAUCCUUAGAGGGCUGUGGUCAGCCACAACCUAAGGGAAGGGAACAGUGUGGAGGCUUUGUUUGGGCUGAGGCAGUUGGGCUGCUCUCUUAUAAAGCAGAGCUGGCAGCUCUUAUUUCUGGUGCGAGCUCCUUUUUGAUUCCUUUCUUUUCCCUCGGUUACAGCUCCCUGCCCCCAAGCCUUUUGCUGCCACCAGGUCCCUCUGCUGUGUCGCAGGGAGGCCGUUUGUUCAGUCCAUUGGGGCACGAGGGCUUUAUUUCUUCCUGGAAGACAGGGCUCUGGGGAUGUAGAUGAGGAACAACAUGCCUUCCUUCAGACAAUGAGGUGUUCUGCCCUCCUGCUGCCAUACUUCCUCUCCGCUGAGAGCCAGAGCCGCAGGAGCAGAGCACCUGGGGUUGCAGGCCAGGGCUGUGUGUGUGUGCGCGCGUUGUGUAGUGUACCUGGGGUUGCAGGCCAGGGCUCUGUGUGUGUGUGUGUGUGUGUGUGUGUGUUGUGUAGUGUACCUGGGGUUGCAGGCCAGGGCUGUGUGUGUGUCCCCAGCUCCCCACUUCUUGCCCUCUGGUCAUCCAUUCUGUCUGUGGGCUCUUUUUCUACCAGCCUGAAUAAAAUGCAAGUAUUUAAGACUGUUGUUGCAGUUUGUGUCCAACAAGCUGUAGCAGGGAAGGAGGAGUGAGGGCUGGUGGUAGUUACUUCAUAAAUCAUGAAUUUAUCAGUGUGGAAAUAAUGAUUCAGAACUGUUGCACCACAGCUCUCCUGCAUUGUGUGUGCAGCUCAAGUUCACUACUGCAGGAAGGGUUUUCUUCCCAAGAGCCAAAAUCUGGCUCACAGUUCUGGGCAUGAACCUUGUUAGGUAUAAUUUACCUGACACUGCUUCCAUCCUCACACCUAGGUGCCAGGUGCUGAAAGAGAAAUAAAGUUUGUCAACAUGCA